AUGGACGGCCUCCCCGACGCCGAUGCGGCGCCGUUGGCGGCUGCGCCGCCGCAGAAGCGCGACGAGUGGAGCGAGAGCGGCAUCGUGCGCCUCCUCGAGGCCUACGAGGUCAAGUGGCUGCUGCGGAACCGCGCCAAGCUCAAGUGGAGCGACUGGGUCGACAUCGCCCGCGAGGUGUCUGUGCAUUGCGCCGACGACGCCGCGGCCGCGGGGAAGGCCCCCGGCGGCGGCGGCGGCGGCAACAGCGCCAAGACCCCCAAUCAGUGCAAGAACAAGAUCGAGUCCAUGAAGAAGCGGUACCGGGCCGAGUCCGCCGCGGUGGCGCGCGCGGCCCCCGCCGCCGCCGGCCCGUCGUGGAGGUUCUUUGCCCGCAUGGACGGCCUGCUCAAAGGGCCGACCGUCUGCUCUGCCCAGGUGCAGCAGCCGGAGCUGAUUAACAACAUAGACUUGCGAGCUCCGGCGAAACCAGAGGCGGCCGAGGUCGAAGCUGAUUUUGCCACGCAGCUGCGGGAUGCAGUUCCAGGUGCAUUCUCUGAUCUGAUGAACAUCGAUGCGAAUGGCGCUGUCCCGGAUAAAGUGGAGAAGGUUGACAACAGCAUGCAGAAGGAGAGCAGGCCUGCUGAUAGCGAUGCUAACGUGAGCUCUCCGAGGAGUAAGGUGGCCAACGAGGACGUGGAGGAGGCGAACAAUGUCUGGGACCGGACCAAGAAGAGAAAGAGCACAGACUUUGACAUAGCCAAGAGCAUCGAGCUGCUGGCUAGCUCGUUCUUGAAGAUUGAGCACGCCAGGUUGGAGAUGUACAGGGAGACAGAAAGGAUGAGGGUUGAAGCUGAGAUUAAGAAGGGGGAGAUGGAGCUCAAGAGAACUGAGAUCAUGGCGAAAACGCACCUGCAGAUCGCCAGGCUUUUUGCAAAGAAAUUGAAACAGAGCAGUGGAAAGAAUGGUGGCAGUUCGUCAGUAACAGCUGAAGUGGACACCCUUACCAAGAAAGGCGAGAAUGGUUAG